CCGCGCGCCUCGGAGCAUCGCGCCAGCGCUGCGUCUCGCUCCACACAUCGGCAGCUUCCGCGCCGGCGCCCGCCAUGGCUUCCCUCAGCUUCCAGGGUGGCGGAGGCGCUAAGAAGGAGGAGAAGGGCAAGAACAUCCAGGUGGUGGUGCGGUGCAGGCCUUUUAAUGCCUCGGAACGUAAAGCAAACUCUUAUGCUGUUGUAGACUGUGAUCAAGGACGAAAGGAAGUUAGUGUCCGCACUGGAGGAGUGACAGAUAAGACCUCAAGAAAGACUUACACAUUUGAUAUGGUGUUUGGAGCUAUGGCAAAGCAGAUUGAUGUAUACCGGAGUGUUGUGUGUCCCAUUUUGGAUGAAGUUAUUAUGGGCUACAACUGUACAGUGUUUGCUUAUGGCCAAACUGGGACUGGUAAGACCUUCACAAUGGAAGGGGAGCGGUCACCCAAUGAGAAAUAUACUUGGGAAGAGGAUCCACUAGCAGGUAUAAUACCCCGUACAUUGCAUCAAAUAUUUGAAAAACUCUCGGAGAAUGGUACUGAGUUUUCAGUGAAAGUCUCUCUUUUGGAAAUCUAUAAUGAGGAGCUUUUUGAUCUUCUGAAUCCUACUCCUGAUGUUGGAGAAAGACUGCAGAUGUUUGAUGACCCUCGAAACAAGAGGGGUGUAGUUAUUAAAGGCUUGGAAGAAAUAACUGUACACAACAAAAAUGAAGUCUACCAAAUCCUGGAAAGGGGUGCAGCAAAAAGGACAACUGCAGCUACUUACAUGAAUGCAUAUUCCAGCCGUUCCCACUCUGUGUUUUCGAUUACCAUCCAUAUGAAAGAAACUACAGUAGAUGGAGAAGAGCUUGUUAAAAUUGGAAAGCUAAACUUGGUUGAUCUUGCAGGAAGUGAAAACAUUGGUCGAUCUGGUGCAGUUGACAAAAGAGCUCGUGAAGCUGGAAAUAUCAAUCAGUCUCUCCUGACCCUAGGAAGAGUUAUUACUGCUCUGGUAGAAAGAGCCCCACAUAUUCCAUACAGGGAAUCUAAACUCACAAGAAUCCUUCAAGAUUCUCUUGGAGGACGAACGAAAACAUCAAUAAUUGCCACAGUUUCUCCUGCAUCUAUAAAUCUUGAGGAAACACUGAGUACACUGGAAUAUGCCCACAGAGCAAAGAACAUAAUGAACAAGCCUGAAGUUAAUCAGAAGCUAACAAAAAAAGCUCUUAUUAAGGAAUAUACUGAAGAGAUUGAACGUUUGAAGCGAGACCUUGCUGCUGCACGAGAGAAAAAUGGAGUCUAUAUUUCCCUUGAAAAUUAUGAAGCCCUUAAUGGAAAGCUGACAGUUCAGGAAGAACAAAUUGCAGAGUAUGUUGACAAAAUCAGUGUCAUGGAGGAAGAAGUGAAAAGAAUCACUGAACUAUUCACAGUUAGUAAAAAUGAACUUGAGCAGUGUAAAACAGAUCUGCAAACUAAGGAGAAGGAACUGGAGGAAACACAAAAACAUCUGCAAGAAACCAAGAUUCAUCUGGCUGAAGAAGAAUAUGUGGUUUCAGUGCUGGAAAACACCGAACAAAAACUUCAUGGCACAGCUAGCAAGUUACUUAGUACAGUUGAAGAAACUACAAAUGAUGUAUCUGGUCUCCAUGCAAAACUGGACCGUAAGAAGGCUGUUGAUCAACACAAUGCUAUCGUCCAAAAUACAUUUGCAGAACAAAUGAAUGCUUUGUUCAACAAAAUACAAGAUUCAGUUAGUGAAAACAGUUUGAAGCAACAACAGAUGUUGACAUCCUACACAAAUUUUAUAGGUGAUCUCCUGUCUACCAGUUCUUCAACAGCUAAUAUUCUUGCAUCAGUCAUAUCAGCAUCUUUUGCCUCUGUUAAAGAAUUGAUGUCUACUGAAGUUUCUCACAUGUCUGAAAAAAUAACACAACAUGAGAAUCUGUCACUUGAUUGUAAAGCUGGGCUGCUGAGAUUAAUUGAGGAACAUACAUCUGGAUUAGGGAGAGCAUUAAAUAGCUUGACACCAAUGGUAGAAUUUGUCUUGGGGCUAAACUGUCAGUUUCAGAGUAACAUGAAGAAGUAUUCUGCUGUGACUGACAAGGUGGAGGGUCAUAAAAAGGAAAUGGAUACCUUCUUUGAAGAUCUCUCCCUCACUCUAGAAAAAUUACAGGAAGAAACGAUCAGUGUGUUUGCUCAGCUUCAGAAUGAUUGUGAGAAUUUAAAAGAAGAGGUGGAAAUGACGAGGCUGGCACAUACAAAGAGCACAGCUGAAUUAAUGUCCUCACUGCAAAGCCAGCUUGACUUGUUUGCUCAGGAGACUCAGAAGAACUUAACUAAUGUACUUGCAAAAAAUGGAACCUUGAAGACCUCCAUCACUACUGUGCAAGAAAAUGUUCACCUGAAAACUACAGACCUAGUCAGCAGUACAACUUCCAAUCACAGCAAAUUUGUUACAUCUCUGGAUAAUUUCUCUCAAGAGCUCAGGAUCAUAAAUGCUGAAAACAAGGUGAUGCUGGAAGAAUCCACUGGCCACUGUCAUCAACUUCUCAGCAAUUUAAAAAAUAUGUCUCAGGAUACUGAUAAGUGGGGAGAAUUUACAACUGCUCAGGUAGUCAACUUUACGAAUCAACAGUUAUUGUCCCUUGAUGACAAGAAACAGCAACUUCAGUGUUUACAAAAGAAAAAUGAAGAAAACUCUGAUAAAGCAAUAGCUGAAAUUGUUGGUCAUAUUGGUAGACAAAAGACUGCUGAGGAGAAGGUACUAAAUGGCCUCCUUGGUCAGAUAAAGGUUGAUCAGGAGAUACUUCUGGAGCAGAAUCUGACACUUAAUGUGGAAGCGCGGCAUGGACUGACUCAGGUUAAUGGUUUCCUGCAAGAGGAUCUCAAAGUAGAUAUUCCAACAGGGACAACUCCACAGAGAAGAGACUACUUCUAUCCAGUCACACUUGUGAGAACAGAACCCCGGGAGCUUCUGCUGGAGCAGUUAAGGCAAAAGCAACAAAAGCUUGAUGAUAUGCUAAACAAUGUGACAACAGAGGUAGAAGAUAGUGCAGAUAAGGAUGUAUUGGAAGAGGAGGAAGGAUUGCAAGAAUCCAAUGAAAGCCUUGUUAGUGACAAGUACUUAGUGGAUACAAGCAUAUCCUGCCACGCAAAUGGUGGCAUUCCGUUUUUCCAGCACAAAAGGAGUCACAAAAAGGAUAAAGAAAACAAAUCUGCAGCUACAGUGGAGAAGAACAAAAUAGAAGAUGUGGCGGAACAAUUUCUUCACAAAUCUAAGCCUCCUUUAAGAUGCCUGAACUGAGAAAUACCCACUGCAGAUCUCUGGUUUUGGAAUACUUAUGUGUAAUUGUCUAAUGAGCCAUAACUUUCUUUGGUUAUUCUCAAUCUCUGUAUAUACUGAAUUAUUGAUAAAAAGUUGAAUCCAAAUAUUGGUCUGACAUGUCCUGCCGUUGUCCCAUUUUUAUAUGCUGUAGCUUGCAAAGUAUUAAUAGACUACUUUUUUGAAGAAAAUAACCUGCAUAUAUUAUGGUGCUGUAUGUUAAACGGGCUUUCACGUUGUU